AUUCAAACUCUGGACGCAGUCGCAUGGAAACCGUUUUUAUUAUUUGGCAGGAAACCUGUUCAGUUUUUAAUUGUUUGGUCUUGUAGCUGUAUUUAUUUAUCAAUGAUCGAAUCGUGUAGUGGGUAUCGAGCGAUUGAUGUUUAUGAGAUACAAAACAAAUAUUCCUCUAAAGAUGAAUUGAACUCUUCGUUCGGGUUAUCUAAAAUCAUAGUGUAGGUGUCGACGGACAAAAUUUUCAUGUAUUUAUUGAAAAUUAAAUCGAAAUAUAGGUAAUAAUAUUAACGGGUCAUUAAUGUGUACGUGCCACCUCCGAUGAAUAAAAAGUAUGUGAAAAGUGACAUGGAUUCAGGUCUGGGUAGCGAUGAAGACCGGCGAAGUCGGACUAAAGAACAAAAACAACUCCAUAAUCAACAACUCCUCAGCGGUUGUUUUAUUGAUGCUGCCAGUUUAUCAGAUGAGUCUGAAAUUGUCGUCGAUCAAAGAAGAAACGAUGAACGCAGGCAAGGUGCUUUGUUAUUUCAAACAUCAGUACCCCAUUUUUCUAUGGUUCAAAUACCAAACGAUGAGAACUUUUCUUUUCCAUCAAAUAAUUUGAAUGCUCCCCAAUUUCCUGAAACUAGUACCCCAUACAAUUCUAUAGUGCAACUUGAUUCUGACGAAGCAGCAAGAAAAUCUCCAUUAGGUUUUUAUGUUGAUUUGAAUGAUGUCAAUGAAAGCCCAUCAUCUCUGCCUAAUCCAUCAGUCAAGAAAAAUAUAUUUUCUAUGGUUAUAGAUUUUGAAGGUCCAAAAAAAGAGAAACCGGUCAAGUUGAGCUCUUCUUUAAUUUCUUUCCGAAAACCUAAGCCUACUAAUAAAUCCAAUUUAUUGGGUAAAAGCAGUGGUAGUUUGUCCUCCAGUGUCAGUUCUAUAAAUUCAAAUAGAGAUUCUAAUUCUGUAGCUGGAACUAGCCGGCAGUCAGAAGAACUAGAAAUCAGAUCAAAUGGUAAAGGGGUUAGUAUUGAAGUACUAAGUGCUUCACUGAUCAAAAACCUUUCGGUUACCUCAAAAUCAUCUAGUAGUAGCGAAAAUGCCCCUGAAAAAAUUAGCGAUGACAUUGAUAGAGAUUCUGCUAAAGAAUCUGUUGAUGAGGAGCACCUUGAAUGUGAUAGUAUCCCUGAAAAUGAUAAAAACAGAUUGGAUACUCAGAAUGAGCCAGAUUUCGGCAAUGAAGAAGGAAAUAGAAAGCCAGACAGUAGCAAACUUGUUGUUAAAAAAACAGGAAUCACUAAUGGCUUACAGACCUGUCCACAGUUCGUUAAACUAUCUGAUUUGGAAUGUCAGAAACCGAAAGUGGACUUAAAUUUCACACCGAGGAUGAGCAGAUCCAUCCCGGAGAGCUCAUGGGUGGAAAGUCCUCUGCUGAUGUCACAUUCUGUGGGCUACAGGAGCGCGCCACACCCAUUGGAACCUGAACACAGCGAUAAUAAUUCAGAUUCUGAAAACGCAAAGAAAAAGGAAAAUUCAUAUUCGCAACCAAAGAAAAGUGUCAGGAAAUUAGGAACGGAUCUUCUCAGGAUGUUUCUGGAAGAAAUCGGACCCGAUGUUGUUGUAGAAGUCGAUGGUCAUAAAUUGAAGGCGCACAAGUGUAUUUUGGCAUCGAGAUGUCAAUAUUUUGCGGCCUUGUUGAGCGGAAAUUGGUUGGAGAAGAACGGAAACGUGAUUUGUUUGGAGGGUUUUUCUUACGAAUCUGUGUACUUCGCCCUAUGUCACAUUUAUAGCGGCGCUGCACACGUUCCGGAUUCUAUCAGUUUAGUUGAACUAGCUUCUUUGGCGGACAUGUUAGGAUUAGAAGGUCUUAAGGAAGUUGUGGAACACGCCUUGAAACAAAGACACUGCCAUAAUUUUCAUAAGCCUUGCGCCGGAUGUUGCACGGGAGUUUUAGAAGUAUUACCGCUAUCAGCUGCUUACGGAUUAGAUGAUUUGUAUAGAAGUUGUUUGCAGUGGAUAACUCAACAUUUUGUACGAGUAUGGCCGAGCAGAGCGUUUGCCAGUCUGCCAAGGGAUGUGAGAGAAAAGUGUUACCAACAGCAUGUUGUUCAUAUGAAUGCGGACAAAGUUUUGGAAACUAUAUCAUCUUGCGAUAAGAUUCUUGCAACUCUACCGGCGAUGCGUUGGGCCGAACCUGUCAGUCAGCUAGUAUUGCAGUUAACAGACGCCUGUCAUUUGUACCAUCGUCAGCAUUUCUCAGCGGUUUUGGGUUCACAAUACGUUUUAGGAUUAGAUACUGGCUUGGGUUUUGGUGUAUGUCAGAUAGAAGAUCAAAUGGUAUCGGCCGCUAGAAAUCUGGGAGUUGAACAAGCGUGCCGAAGUUAUGCCAGAUGUUGUAAAAUGUUGGAUCAAAAAUGGACUAGACCGUUUGCUGAUAUGUUGAAUAAAGUAAAACUACAAUUAGAACAAUGUCUCGUCAGUCAAGCGGAUAGGUUAAUAAGAAGCAACGCCUGGUUAAGACUCGAUACCGCCUUGAGGACUCGUAUUAAAGAAUUAACUCCUCACCUUGAACCGACUAGUCGUCUACCUCGUUCGACGAUGUUCCGUAACAAGAAACCCAACAAUCUAAAACCGAACGUUCAAACUACCGCCUUAAGUUCCUCAGAUUCGUCUCGUAAUUCAAGUCCAGGCGUUAAUCAACAAGUACGUUUAAAUGGAACUAACGGUAGUUCUUCUUUACGUCGAAGUCUUCUUUUGGCUGCAAAAGCUCCACAAGUCCCUCCGAGUCCAUCCAUAAACCGUAGAAGUACUUUAACCCAACCUACUGCCGCCAGUGCUGCCAAAUCCACAAAAGGAUCUAUCAAAGCUGUACCAAAAGCUAAUAUAGGCAGAGAUAGGAGUGUUACUAUCAAACCUCCAAUACAAGUGCCCCCUCCCAAACCAUCCACGUCCAAAAGAUCUUCCACAACAGUUUCCAGAAAUUCAAGCAUGGGUAAAAAAGACACCCCAACGUCUCUAACGACCAAAAGACCUGACAGUAGAUCCAGCUCCCCACUAAAAAGCGAUAGCCGCAAUAGUUCGCCAAGAAAACUAGAUAGUAGGGUUACGUCUCCAAUAAAAGCUAACGUACGCAGUCCCUCGCCCUUAAAGGACGCCAGUAAUGCGCCGCGAAGGUUAACGAAAGGAACGCAGGCAGCCAAGCCUGUUCAAGCACCUACGAUGCAGAGGUCUAGCACGUUUUUGAAAGAAGAACCUACUGUUAUUGGCAAGGUUCUGUAAUUUAGCAUUCCUGUUAGGCGAGACUUUGAGAAUGUAAAAAAUAAAUAUUAAAAAAAAUGUUGUAGUCGAAGCUAUUUAAAAUUUUAUUGUGAAAGCGUGGAAGGUCCUUUUGAUAAGGACCAAAUAUCAAUAAAAUUUAAAUAACCUCCAAUCUUGUUAAGUCAUAAAAAUGUAUAAAAUUGAUAUAAAUUUAUUUAAUAUACCAGUAGUUUUGAGACGAAUCUUUUUCUUGAAAAGUUUAUUGUUGAGGUAGAUUAUUUAAAGUAUCGAAAAAACCUGUUGCACAUUCUCCGAGUUUACCCUACUAGUCUCUACAUUCCUAGUCUUUUUUUUUGUUUUUAUUUUGAUCUCGUUAGGAUUUACAAUUUAGAAAAUAAUGUUAUCGUUUGUGAUAUUUUAAACAUCGUAUAAUUUAUUUUCGUUUGAGACAGUUACCAAGAGAAGUGUCCACAUAAUUAUGAGUGAAUAAUAGAUAUAAAUUUUCUUUCAGUCUCUACAAAUCAGUAUUACAAAGUGUGUCACCAAACUAAAAAUUCUGAAUUUUAUCACCAUCUGAACAAAUUACUUUCAUUUUAUGAUAUAAAAUUUGUUUUUAGUACAUCAAUUUAUCAAAUGCUUUAUUUCAGUAGCAUCUCAUUUAUUGGUUCAUUUGAACGGUUCUUUUUUUGGUUCACUUUUGAUGGUGAAACUGUAAUGAAAUUAUUUACUUAUUUGAAAUGAAAUAAUUUCACACCAACUUGUGAACAAGUCUGAAUUUGUUCCCUUGGAUAAAAAAAUAGAUCUAUGAUAAAAAAAUCAUAACCACUUCUCUUGAUGAUUGUUGCUUAACAUCUUGGUUCGAUAAGAAAAUAAACAUGAUAAUUAUAUUUAUAAAAAAUUGCUAUUAAAUGUAGGCGUUUUUAAAAUUAACAUGUAUUUUCUUCUGAUUGACUUAUUUUAAUUUGUUUUAAAUAAAAUUUUGAUAUUCUGAUAUGUGGUCGGUACUGAUUCUAAGAUAUAGGAUAAUCUGAGAUAAAGCAACCAUUUUAAAGAAAUUUAUGCAACUUUUUUAAUAUCAUGCUAAUUACAAAAAUAUUAAAAUAAGUAAACAGUUACACAAAUGUCUCAAAGACUGAAUUGGAUUAUUGAAAACUUAUGUUUUAUACAAAAAACAAAAAUAUAUAAUUGAAGUUAUGUUAGAGGUUAUAUUUCCAUUUUCUUUUUAAAAUUGUUUUCAUAUAUUGUAAUUCAGGGUAUCAUAUCCACUACGACCUAAAGGAUAUUAUGGUACAAAAAACCAAAAUCAUGUUGCAAUCAAGAAUUUUUGAAUCCAAAUAUUUAGACUCAAUUAUUAAAAAAGAAGUUGACAGGACAUAUGUAGUCUUUGUGUCUGACAGUCAGAUAUCUGACAAUAAUGAAAAAGUCGGAAAAAAUUUGAGUAAAAUUUAUAAAUUUCAUUUAUUUAUAUAAUUUAAGUUCAUAAUUACUUCUUUUUCGUUCAUUUAAACUUAUUUAUUUCAUCUUAUUGUAAUGUUUUUCUUAUUUAUUUAUACGAUUUCUAUUCGUGGGGUUGAUUAAUAAAUACUGUCUCUUACGUUCUUAAUUUAUUUAAACAUUUUACACUACACUAACUUAUAAUUCACUAUCACUUAAAUAAUUUAUUUAAGAUCUUCGAUUACUUUGCCAAUUCGUUUUGUUCACUAUGAUUAUUUAUUGUAAACUGAACUAAACUGCGCUACAGAAACUUCUUAUAUACAUCCCAAAAGAAUCCUAAAAGUUCUAGUAAAUAAAUAAACCAAACAUGCUCUGUCGAUUUAUCUCAAUAAUAUGUUUACAGCAUAUGAUCGAACAUUUUGGACGUGUAAAACAAAGGUUGCUUAUUUGAAGAUUAUAAACAAACUUAACUUAAGAAAAAUUCAAUAUUCACUGGUUUAAUUAAUGCCUUUUCCGAUUGUGAUUGAUCUAGGCUUAGUGCCAUCGGUGAAAACCACAGUUAACCUAUUUUCUUGAAAUAUACUUCACUUUCUAAUAGUAUAUAAUGGAACUGAUGGUUUAUCUUUGUAUAUAAUUGAAUUGGUUUUAUAAUAUUCGUAAGAAUGUGAAGUAUUAGAAUACAUAGUAAAUAAAAAUGUUAUAUUUAUGUGAAUUUUGAAAUUAAUAUUUAUACCUUUAUGAAUAAGAUUCGUAUAUAUAAAAGAGAUUUAAUUAAAAAAUUAUUUUUGCUAAUACAUAACCUACAUAGAAAAUUGUGCUUGCUGGUGUAAUCAAAAAAUUCAUACUGACCCACUUCUAGUAUGAAGUUCUAAGAAUUUUUUUUAAUCCUGCUAUUUUUUCAUAUGUAUGGAUAUCUCACUACAUAUAUUUUCAAUAGCUCCUAAUUAUUUCUAGUUUGAUUGAAUUUGCCCAAAAAUUUAUAUGCUCUUAUUUUUCAUUUCAUUUCAUAACAUCAAUGUUUUACGCUUAUAUCUAGGAAUUGAUCACACAAUUUCUUCCUCAUUAGUAAUAUGUAAGACUACUUAAUGUUUCAUUAACUCAGUACGAAUUUUAUUCCAGUUUUUCAUUUUAGUGAGUUUCACUUUAGACUCUUUCAAGCUCAUGGAAAUUCCAGCUACAGGUUGUAACCGUACCAUUAUUUUCUAAUUUAUUUUCCAGUCUGUAAAUGUGUUUGUAUACUCAUUAGGAAUAUUGUAAAACUUAUGACUUUGACUAACACAUUUAAUACAUUCAACGAUCCGAUUUCCCUGGCAUUCUAGUCUAGUUACUCACUUUUUGGGUUAUCUGUGUAUUGAAUAAUAUACUAGUUUUUAUUUAAUGUUUGAUCCCAAAGUUUUUUUUUAUUUGAUAAACAUUUUCUAUGUAGGAAUUUGUGUAUGUUACAUUGUGCAAUUUGAAUUUAAAAAGAUGUUAGCUGGUGCCAUCUAAUGAAUAUUUUGUCACACAUAUUUCGCUUUUCUUUUCAAUAUCAGUUAAGGUUCCGGGCUCUUUAGUAUCCAUUUUUUUUCACUGUUUUCUUCUUGCUUCCAGUUCGUUUAUUUAAUUAUUUUUUUUGUUUUAAUAAGGUGUUACCUUUCUCGUUGUUUUAUCUAUCUUCAUUCUAAUGCAUACCAAUUCAACUAUUUCUUGUUUAUUUCAGUUACUGAUUCUCCAGUUGUACUUUGGUAACGUUUUCGUUUUUUAUAUUGCCCCGCCUAGUUUUUACUGCUAUCCUGGGGUGUUUCAUUUGCAUUACGUAUAUUUUCGUGUCCAGAUAUGUUACUGUUCAUUCGGUAGUAUUUUUUUUUCCUUUAUUCAUUCAUUAGUUAUUUCUGGAUUUAUCCGCCCACCAUAUCAGUAGACUUCUUAAGAUAUUUUUAUGUUGUUUCUCUUUUUUAAAUUUAUAUCCUUAUAUUUACUUCUUUUUUAUAUCGGUCAUUUUGAAUUUAUGACUUUGGUUUUUCUUGCAUUGACUUCUACUUUAAUUUUUUCAAUACUUGCUUAACCCUCUAUAAAAGGAAAUCGUUCAUAAAACAGAAGUUGCACAAUUUCAAUUUGUUCUCUGUUUUUUAGAUAGUUCAAAUCAUUAAAACAAAGUAUUAUUUUCCCUAUUUUUCUUAAAAUAGUUCCAUUCCUGUAAUACAUACUUACUAAAUUCAAUAUCUUAUAAUAAAAAUUCAUAGUUUUUACGUCUUCUUUGGCUAUGUGCUAAAUCUAAAUCGCUUUCUACAAAUCUUGAAGGUUUCUAGAUAUUAUUUAAAUUUAUACCUUUGUAUUGCAUAUAAUUUAUAAUAAAUUGAAAAGGCUAAUGUACUUCGCUAACAUGUUUUUAUCAUACGACAUUUUCUAAAACAUUUUGUUUGUAUUAUAAGUGAAAUACAUAUUUUAAAUCUUAGGUGCUGUUCUUAAAAGCUAUUUAUUUAGUCACGUCUGUGGUAAUGACUAUCCCUCCCAGGGUAUUUUGUAAGAAUAGCAAAAAUAAUGAGAUUUCUUCAUUUUAAAGGAAAGCUUUCAUUUUUCUAUCUUAUUUUAAGCCAUAGUUUUAAACUAGACAAUAUCGAGGUCUCAUUAUUUCUUGUUGUACAAGAUUAAUAUAUUUGUAUUUUUUCCAUUAGAAUUCUUUAUGAAGAAUCUCUGAUGUUUUGUUUGUUGUAUAGUGAAAUAAAUUGAAUAUUUUUA